CUUGUCUGCAGCCUGUCUGUGUUGUUUUGUGUGCAUGUAGAGAGAGUGAGUGGAAGCGGAGGAACGUGUGCUCAGGUCUUUUCUUUUCUUUUUUUAAAACAAAGAGCCUGGACACUGUGCGUGUGCGUGUGUAUGUGUGUGUUGUAAUGUGACGCCUUUAGAUACUACCGUUCAUGAUUUGCACUUAUGAAAAAGAGGUAUUUAUUUUUAUUUAUCCGAAAGUAGCCAGUUCUGUUUGAGCCAAAGCAAUAUCUGGCAGGCGCGGUGUUGGCUUUGUUUUGUUUUUUGUCAAGACUUUUCUUGCCUUUUUCAUGCUAUUUAGUUAAGCUUAGAUCAUUAGAGUUAAGCGAAGAUGUCCACUGACUGCCAGAAGACCACUGCCAAGGCUAUCCCGUCGACCAGGAGGGUGACCAUCAACGACUCGGCGCACAUGCCCCACGACUACUCCACGACUCCCGGAGGGACCCUGUUCAGCACGACCCCGGGCGGUACCAGGAUCAUCUACGACCGAAAGUUCCUGCUGGAGUGUCGCAGCUCUCCGGUGGCCAAGACUCCUCCGAGAGGUCUGCCCAACAUUCCAGGGGUGACCAGUCCUCCCUCCAGAGGUGCUGAUGAGAAGGCCUGUAACGGAGAACUACUGAACAACAACAGCAUCCCUGCACCUGAAAGCAGCAACACUGGUGAUGACUCUCAGUUCGAAAUGGACAUCUAGAUCAGUCCAAGCAUUAAGAUGUCAGACUUACCAACAAGAUGCUGUGAAGAGAGACUCAGGAGAACCUUCUCUUUUCCCAUCAUCCAUUCCACGAGGACCGAGGUUCGCCUCCAGUGUCUCCAGUGUCUUAGUGUUUUAAAGUCUGUCUUCAUCAAUCUCAUUUGCUUGUUUUGCCCAGAACAAAUCUGUAAUGAAACCUUUUUCUGUCUGCCUCAAGGCUUAAACCUGAUUUGUGUGAUAAAGUGUGCCUUCCUGUAGUGGCUACAAGUUUAAAAUCAACACUGAGAAGUAUUUAACACCAACAAAACCUCAUUCAUAAGAACUGAGAGAAAGGAACAAAAACAUGAAGCUCAAUGCAGAACAACAAUAAUUGAAAUUAGCUGAAUUUAUAACCAUUCCAGAAGGGUUUGUCACUUGAUGUGGUUUUAUUUCCACACAUUUUCUGACACCUCUCUUCAGAUUUUGCCUUGAAAUGUUCAAGAUACUGUAUAAUUUGUUGAUCAUCACCUGAAGUGUCAUACAGUGAAUGUGAAACAUAAUUUUGUUGAUCAAAUUUUGAAACAGAUUUUCACACGGUUUGUAGGGUGACAAAGCAUUAAAGCAAACCCCAUUAAAGCACA